UCUUCAGAAAAACCAUCUAACCAAAUAACUGAAAACUUCUCUUGUUCUUCUGGAUGGAAAACACAACACUGAAGGUAGUUAUCCUCAAAGCUGGUGUUCCCUUGGCUGCAACUUUGGCUGGUUUGAUCUAUGCAUGGAUCAUGGCAAAGAAAAGCUUAUCUAAAGCUUCUUCUUUAUCAAAAAAUGAGGUUGAUUCUUCUGAAACCAAUUGUCAUCAGGGAACUAAACAUGAAGAAAGCUUUCACAACCUUUCUUCUAUUGAAGUUGAAGAACAUGAUAGUGCCAUGGAUAGCAGUGUUCUUUCUGGGAGCUUGGUAAUCCAUGACAACCACCCAUGUUUGGAACAAGAGAUUAGUGGCCUAAGAAGCCAAAUUGAAGGUAUGCAAAUGAGAGAAUUGGCCUUGAGUUUGAAGUUUGAACAGUACUGUGAAAUGAGAGAGCAAGAAUCUUUGCUUAUGGAAAUGAAAAACAUCAUGUCAUUAGAGACUGCUCGCGUUGAAUUCUUGGAUAGAGAGGUUUCAUCCAUAGAGAGAGAGACUGUGAUGUUUGAGAAUUUUGUAGUCCAAUACCUUGGGAUUAUUGAACAACUUGAGUAUUGGAAAUCAGAGAAUAGGGUCCUUCAGAAGAAGGUUCAGAAGCUACUUAGGAAAUCAAAGGCCCAAUCAGGGUUGAUAAAGGAGCAGGCUUUGAAGACCAAAGCACAAGAAGAGAUCUUGAGAAACCAUGAUGCCUUGCAAACAAGAAUUAGUGUUAUUAAUAAGUUAGAGGAUGAAAUCAGAGAGCUACAAAGGGUUUUGGAUCAAUUGCAGGAUGAGAAGAAUGAACUUUUGAAGAAGCUUGACACAGCAGAAAAAGCAUAUGAGUCUAAGGUAUGUAAGGAACAUAUACAUAGAAAACCACUGAAAUAUUAUUUGCAGGUUGAAUCAGGAGGUGUAGGUAAGGAAGAUUACGACAAGCUUCUCAAUGAAUUGGAACAUGUCAAGAAGGAACGUGCAGCUGAAGUUGAAGAACUGAUUCACUUGAGGAGGACCAAUGCUUGUUUAAGGCAUGAGUUAAUGAGUCACCAAGAACAACAACAGGAUCAGUAUAGUGACCAUAUAGAACUUGAAUUUGAAGGAAGUAGAAGAGUUAUGCAUUAUGAUUCUGAGCAUGAAUUGCAUUAUUCCUUUAUGGGGCAUCAGAAUGUGCCUUGCUUUGGUUCUGCUGAUAGAGAUGGUGCUGGUUCCAAAAGGAAAAAUUUACUUAAAAGGCUGAAGAGAUGGGUGGAAGGAAGUGAAAAGGUAAGAGUGAAAUCAGAGGAGAAAAAAUGUGAUGAAAUCAGGUGUCUUGAUAUGCAUUCUGUUUCCUACGGAUCAAUGGAACCUGAAGUUCCUGAAACUGCAAGGUUUUGCUCUAGUGCUUGAGUCAAAACAUAAUUAGACCAACUCAUGGAUCGCCAUGUAGUUAUUGAUAGUUGAUACUAGCUAACCAAUAAAGAAACUUCAGUGUUGGUAUACAUGCUGUGACACUGCAUUUGAUGCAAAAGAAAUAAUGA